CUGUGUCCGUGCCCCAGGGACAGCGGGACCCUCCGUCUGCGCAGGCCUCCGGGCUGCAGGUGCCUGACCUUCGUCGCUCUUUCCCGCCUUCCACCUCUUCCUCGCGGCGGUGGUGUCGCUCGGCCGGAUCGCCGUGCGGCCGAUCGCUCCCUGUGACCGGCGUUUCCAGUCCUCCUCGGCCCGCCCGUCUGGGGCUUGUAUUUUAUUAGAGUAAUGCAGAACCUCUGGAGCGAAAUAGCUAACCUCAGGAGAGGUCCAGGUCCCAGAACCACCAGAGCUUCGGGAAACGAUGACGAGGCAGUUGUGGACCUGGGAAAGACCAGCUCCACCAUCCACACAAACUUUGAGAAAGAAGAGCUUGAAAGUCACAGGGCGGUGUAUGUUGGCGUUCAUGUCCCUCUGGGGAAGCAGAGUAGGCGCCGACAUCGUCACCGUGGACACAAGCAUCACCGCAAGAGAAAAGAGCGAGGCUCUGACCGUGAGGAUGGGAGAGAGUCGCCCACAUACGACACCCCCUCCCAGAGGGUCCAGUUUAUCUUGGGGACAGAGGACGAUGACGAGGAGCACAUUCCCCACGACCUUUUCACCGAGAUGGACGAGCUGUCCUUCCGUGACGGACACACUUACGAGUGGAAGGAGACGGCCAGGUGGCUGAAGUUUGAAGAGGACGUGGAGGACGGGGGGGAGCGCUGGAGUAAGCCCUACGUGGCCACGCUGUCCCUGCACAGCCUGUUCGAGCUGCGCAGCUGCAUCCUCAACGGCACUGUCAUGCUGGACAUGAGAGCCAACACCAUUGAGGAGAUCGCAGACAUGAUCAUCGACAGCAUGGUGGCCUCGGAGCAGCUGGACGGCAGCCUGAGGCUGAAGGUGCGGGAGGCCAUGCUGAAGCGGCACCACCACCAGAACGAGAAGAAGCUGAGCAACCGCAUCCCGCUGGUGCGCUCUUUCGCAGACAUAGGCAAGAAACACUCCGACCCGCACUUGCUUGAGAGAAACGGGCUCCUGGCGUCCCCGCAGUCGGCCCCGGGGAACCUGGAGAACAGCAAGCCCAGCGAGAGCCGCAUCCACAACGGCAGCCGGGAGAACAGCACCGUGGAUUUCAGCAGGGACUGCUACCUGACCUUUCACUGUAGUUGUGGGUCCCUCGGAGGGGGGUCCAGGAAGCCGGCAGUGGACAUGAACUUCAUGAAGAAGAUCCCUCCGGGCGCCGAGGCCUCCAACGUGCUGGUGGGGGAGGUGGACUUCCUGGAGAGGCCCAUCAUCGCCUUCAUCAGGCUGUCCCCCGCCGUGCUGCUGACGGGCCUGACGGAGGUCCCCGUGCCCACCAGGUUUUUGUUCCUGCUGUUGGGUCCCUAUGGCAAAGGGCCGCAGUACCACGAGAUCGGGAGGUCCAUGGCGACGCUGAUGACAGAUGAGGUUUUCCAUGAUGUCGCUUACAAAGCCAAAGACAGGACCGACCUCUUGUCUGGUAUAGAUGAGUUUUUAGACCAGGUGACGGUGUUGCCCCCUGGAGAAUGGGACCCCAAGAUCCGAAUCGAGCCCCCAAAGAAUGUCCCAUCUCAGGAAAAGCGUAAGAUGCCACUCCAGCCCAACGGCUCAGCGUCAACUUCGGAAAUGGUGAAGGAGGAGGAGCACCAGGCAGGGCCGGAGCUCCAGAGGACUGGAAGGUUCUGUGGAGGCCUGGUGCAGGAUGUGCGGCGUAAGAUUCCGUUCUACUUGAGCGACAUCCGGGACGCCCUCAGCCUGCAGUGCCUGGCCUCCAUCCUCUUCCUCUACUGCGCCUGCAUGUCCCCCGUCAUCACUUUCGGGGGCCUGCUGGGGGAGGCCACUAAGGGCAACAUCAGUGCCAUAGAGUCUCUGUUUGGGGCAUCUCUAACGGGCGUGGCCUUCUCCCUGUUUGCGGGGCAGCCCCUCACCAUCCUAGGCAGCACGGGGCCUGUCUUAGUCUUCGAGAAGAUCCUCUUCAAGUUCUGCAAGGACUACGGCCUGUCCUACCUAUCUCUGCGCACCAGCAUCGGGCUGUGGACGGCCUUCCUGUGCCUGGUGCUGGUUGCCACGGACGCCAGCUCCCUGGUCUGCUACAUCACCCGCUUCACUGAGGAAGCCUUCGCCGCCCUCAUCUGCAUCAUCUUCAUCUACGAGGCCCUGGAGAAGCUCUUUCAGCUGAGCGAGAUGUUCCCAGUCAACAUGCACCUCGAGCUGGACAACCUCACCUUUUACACGUGUCAGUGCUCACCACCAGCCAAUGUAACCACAGAAACCGUGCAGCUCUUGAACCAAACAGGCUUCACGCCCGACUCUAUAUCCUGGAGUGACCUCAAUGUGUCCAUGUGCAACAGGUUACAGGGGCAGUUUGUGGGCUCGGCCUGUGCGCAUGAAGGCCCCUACAUCCCUGAUGUGCUCUUCUGGUCUGUUAUGCUCUUCUUCACCACCUUCUUCCUCUCCUCCUUCCUCAAGCAGUUUAAGACCAAGCGCUACUUCCCCACCAAGGUGCGGUCGUGUAUCAGUGACUUUGCUGUGUUUCUGACCAUAUUGGUCAUGGUCCUUAUCGACUACCUUGUGGGCAUACCCUCUCCGAAACUGCAUGUCCCUGACCGCUUUGAGCCCACCUCUAAGCACCGCGGCUGGUUCAUCUCGCCGCUGGGAGAUAACCCCUGGUGGACGCUGCUGGCGGCGGCCAUCCCGGCUCUGCUCUGCACCAUCCUCAUCUUCAUGGACCAGCAGAUCACCGCAGUCAUCAUCAACCGCAAGGAGCACCGGCUCAAGAAAGGCUGUGGGUACCACCUGGACCUGCUGGUGGUGUCUCUGAUGCUGGGCGUGUGCUCGCUGAUGGGGCUGCCCUGGUUCGUGGCCGCCACCGUGCUGUCAAUCACGCACGUCAACAGCCUGAAGCUGGAGUCGGCCUGCUCCGCCCCCGGGGAGCAGCCCAAGUUCCUGGGCAUCCGGGAGCAGCGGGUGACCGGCUUCAUGAUCUUCGUCCUCAUGGGCCUGUCCGUCUUCAUGACCUCAGUGCUGAAGUUCAUCCCCAUGCCAGUGCUCUACGGGGUCUUUCUCUACAUGGGCGUCUCCUCACUUAAAGGCAUUCAGUUCUUUGACCGGAUCAAGCUGUUCGGCAUGCCGGCCAAGCACCAGCCGGACCUGAUCUACCUGCGCUACGUGCCCCUGUGGAAGGUGCACGUCUUCACCAUCGUGCAGGUCACCUGCCUGGUGCUGCUGUGGGUCAUCAAGGCCUCCGCCGCCGCCGUCAUCUUCCCCAUGAUGGUGCUGGCCCUGGUGUUUGUGAGGAAGCUGAUGGACUUGUGCUUCACUAACCGGGAGCUCAGCUGGCUGGAUGACCUGAUGCCCGAGAGCAAGAAGAAGAAGGAGGAUGACCAGAAAAAGAUGCAAAAGCAGACGGCGGCGGAUCACAUGCUGGAGACAGACAGCGAGGCCUUGCCGUACGAGGGCAGCAACGUGCUGAACAUCCCCGUGAAGACGCUCAAAGUGAGCACUGACCCCUCUAUCGUAAACAUUUCUGACGAAAUGGCCAAAUCCGGCGUGUGGAAAUCUGUCACCAUGAACGCUGACAGCGCCAAAACGUUGAAACAUAGCCCAAGCCAGGAGAAGAUUCCCUGCGUGAAGAUCAGCGUUGAGGAUGAGCAGGGGCAGAAGUUCGUGGAUGCAGAGACAUCUUUGUGAAAGCAGGACACACACACACUCACACACACACACACACACACACACACACACACACAAACAGGGCUGCUUUUACGGCCUGCGUCCGAGGGCGGGCAGAGAAGGCUGAGGCUCUUCUACACUUUCACACCGCAGCUGUCUUCUGCGUGUAGCACAGCGACAUGCUAAUGCCAGUGAUGCCAAAGGGGUGGGGCCAGGGGGUGGGGCCACUGUUUCUUUCUUUUUUUUUUUUUUUAGAUUUAUGCUUGAAUGAUUAUUUUCACUCUUACUCAAGUCAAAUCUUUUUUAUCCUUUUAAGAUAAUAUUUUUUAGUUUUCAGAUGUGUAACAUCAAAUCAGUGAGUUUUGUAUCCAGUCUCAGCAUGAUUCCCAUUUAAAACGAAUUCUGUUGGUCUUGAAACAACGCAGACUGCCUUUUAAAACACAGAAUGUUAUGACCUCAAAAAAAAAACAGCACAACAGUGCUCUAAGCCACCAGAAAUGCGUUCUGACAUGCAAGGGUACAAAAAAACAGGCACAAUGCAUUGUUUACACUCAUCAGAAAAAUAGCAAUCAAUCUGAAGUAUUUUUUGCAUUCUUUUUUAAAAAUUCUGUUUGUUUUAACAAAGCUGUCAAUGCUGAACAGGAGGUCCAAACAUUUUCAGCUGAAUUUUUCGUACGUGUACAAGAAGAAAAACAAAAAAAAACACCAGCUGGCCAAUUCUCAGCCAAUUUUGUAUAUUGUGACUGUACAGCUGCUGUCCUGCUGUAUAUAAAAGACUCGAAUUGUUUAAUGCUAGAGAGGUCAUUCGCUGACCUGUAGUAACGUUUACUGUGUGUUGCUCAUGGGGGGUACUUGUGCAUCUGAUAGUAUGGCAGAGGAAGCAGGCCUCGUCAUUCUCAUCACCUUUAAGUUACAAAUUAUACAGAAUGCUUACCGAACAUUACUGAUGCACAGAAGGAAAAUGAAUCUAAACUUUACAGUAAAAUUUGGGUUGGUCGCAUUUCUCUAAGAGGCCAGCAGAUGGAGCUCUGUUUCUCUCGUCUCCAAUUGACUUAUGGUUAUUUUCCCCUUUCCAGUCCUGCCCCUGAUUGCAGCUUGUUGACAUGUUUAUGUACAGAUGAAUAUGGUAGCCCAUUCCGUGCGUCUCGGUGAAUACUGCUGUUCACCAGAAAUGAACGUUAAGUAUAUUUAAGCAGCUUUGCAGAUCCCUAUUCUGCAAACUGUAGCCAUAGUUAGUGUGCAGUUCAUUCAUGACAGGGCCAGCAGAGAGCAAACAGUGUUAACCUAUGCUGUUGUGGAGACAGAAACCGAAAACUUUAUUUGUUCAAACGGUUUACAUCCAAUGUAAUAUUUACUGUAAUGGGAUAUAUAUAUUUUAGAAUGUAUGUAUUGAUUUUCGUAUCAUUAAUGUUAUUAUUACUACUAUAUUAUGUGAAGCAUUUUAAUUUAUUUUUAACGGUCGAGUUUGAGGUGUUGAAGCAGUCGCGCGGUCGCGGAGGUUUGUGGCAGCGGCGUCGUCUGUAAUUAUUCUGAUUUGAGUACAUUUCUCGUUGUUCGUAUCUGCACUUUAGGUAUGUUUGCCGUCACAUCAGUGGGAUAGACGAUGUGUAGCUUAUUUAAACGUGUCUACUUAGAGCCAUCUCAGGAAUCUACACAUUACACAGCAGUUUGGCUUUUUCACCCGGGCUCUUCUAACCCUCUUCCUCUUACCAGCGUACCUGUCCGUCUGUUAGCUUUGGAGUUCACCCGUUUUACACUGGAGAUUGUGACUGCGGUCGGUUUCCUCUCUCUUUUUUCUUUCUUUUUUUUGUUGUUGUUUUGAUAAAACUUGUAAAGGAUGCUUUUUUUUCCCAAACAAUCAAAAUGCCUACAAAACAGCAGUCCCUGUUUGUUUGGGAGGAAAGUACUGUAGUAUGUAUUUAUCAUUGUGACCUCAAACUUCAUUUUAUUUCAGUUCUUUAAAUACAUACUGUUGAUUGGGGGCUUUUCAGACUGGGAUCUUAUAUUUUUUAUGUUACGUUUUUAAUUUUUGAAAAUGUCUAAUAUCCCAUUAAGUAUUUAUUUUUUUUGUCCACACCUAGAUAGAAACUAUCCAUAUUUUAAAACUCAUCACACCCCUCCCCUCAAAUUUUGAGCAAUAAUUCCUAUAAGAAUCAGAAGAUGCUGCUUGUGAUCGGAUGAAUGAAGAAAGGCGGGUUCUUAAAAGCUAAAUAUUCACCUUGUCCAAUGAGAGGGCAGCACACAUGGACUGGAAGCCCAGUCUGGAAUGUCAGCCCCAGAUUGCGGGUCGUAUUAAAGAGGAAGUACGCGGGACGGCACGAUCUCGUCCAUUUCCAAACGCCGACUGAAAAAUGCAGCACACUGAGCAGCAGUGGACUGGAGUGGACCGGUGAGGAGCCCGGGGGGACGCUGGACCUGAGAGCUGUGUGUCUACACCCAGAGCUUUGGACCCGCACGGCUUAACACAACCAAUAGGGCGGCAUUGAUGCGUGCGUAGAAGAACUCAAAGCUCAUGCCCUUGAAUCGGUCCUGUCUCCGGUCACAGGUGCCUCUGCACACCACAGGGUGCGCACAGGAAGCCAGGUCACGUGCCUUUUGAACACCCUUUACGGCUGUUGUGUGCAGCUGAGAGUGGCACUGAAAGGUUGGUGAAAGCGAGGUGGAUUUCUGGUUGCCACGUUCCCUGCCUUAGAAACCGCGCAGGACCGUGCGGUCAGCACAUCUAAUCACGUUUAAAGGGCGUCGGCCCACCCCAAAGCUGCAGUACACUAAACCCACACGUGGACAUGUAAAGGAUGCAGCGCUCUCACGCUGCGUCCACAGUUGAAAUGUAACGUACUGUGAUCUCACAAUGUAAGAAUGCAUUUCCGAGUACAGAAUAGGAUGUGUUCUACAGUUGUAAUGAUGAUAUGCAGAUGGGAAUCAAAAUUGCUUAAAUUAGUCCCCUGAAAGUAAGCUUCCCAUUAAAAUAAUUGUAUUGGUUCUGUGAUGCGUACUGAGUAUAAAAUCCUGUGUCGUGCGUAGUUCUCCCUCUUAUUAAUUCAAACAUCUAAGAAAUAUGUACAAAAACCCCCAAAUAUGAUUUUUGAAAAAUAAUUCAUCUUUUUGCCUUUCCCCGCUUUAAUUUAGUUUCACUAGAUUUGUGCCAAAUGUGGCUAUUUGAUUGGGCAAUUGAAAGGGGCUAAAAAAAUAAAAUAUAUAAAAAUAACUUUGAGUCAUUACUGUUCUAUGUGCGAGUGUUGGUAGUGUCUUCCUCAAGGUACCACAACUGAUCACAGAACAAAUAGUGCUGUAGUAUUAAACUGUAUCCAUCAAUGGAAGUCUGUAUGUAAAGUGCUGUGGGUUUCACAUUUUUAUAACAUAAAGGCUGGAUGUUGUUUUAGUACUUGGUUUAGACACACCUCACAACCGUUUGAUCUGGUGUUGGUCAAGUUCUCAUGAAUGUGAAGCGAAUUAAAAUCCUGCCUUUGUUGAUUGUUCAGUAAAUAUUUACAGCCGAGGGGGGGGGGGGGAAUGAAACAAAACAAAAAUAUUUUUUGUAAUGUAAAUGAAUUGUUGAAGCAAUAAAGUUAUUACAUGACUGUU